AUGGAAGUGAUACAUAUUAAGUCACUGAAUUUUGCAGCAUCAAUUAAUGCCCUUAACAUCUUGAUUACACUAUCAAAUGGUUAUUAUGUACAUCUGAAAAGGUGGGACAACAUAUUAUUCAAGACUAACUCCUAUGUUCAUCCUCAAGUAUCCACGCAAAUGAUAUUACUACCUACAAAUUAUUUAUGA